GCGCUUGUGUUUACUGGGUAACUAUGCGGCGCCCCUUUCAACAACUGCGCUCGGCUGGUGGUGGUUAUCGUAAGCCGCGUUGUGAUGUUGAGGUUGCUAGUGGUGUUCUUCCACGGAAAGUUUGGGCCGUGAAGAUGACGGAGUUGCCGCGACUCUAGGAAACUUCGAGCGGUGAUUUACUGCAAAGAUGGACAAGCCGAAGUGCAUCUGUGAGCUGUGCACCUGUGGACAGCACCACUGUCCCCAUACCAGUGAUACUACAGGAGCGUUGCAUUUUAAUGAGCCAAGUGUAAGUGCAGCAGUCAACAACUCCAGUUCAGGCGAUACAUAUGCAAAGGAACCUGCAAACGAGCUGUCACCUUUGCCACAGGAUGGAGGAAGGUCGGACAAUUCUGAGCAUACAAUAGGAGAGAUAGCCAACGAACAAAGUGAAGAGAAACCAGAUUCUACAAUGAAAUCUCAGCACGUGGCUUCUGUCAGUGCCCAUGCUAGCAGUACUGCAAGAGAUGACUUCAGAGAGCACCCUGUACAACCAAGGCAAAGAAGAGAGGUUCCUCAAUACGAACCCAGUCGGGAGCCAUUUGAUGGCACGACUACAAAUAGUCAGACUUUCACGGGACAGACGCUCCCUAAAGGGCAGAGCUUCAAACCCGAUAACAAACCAUUUGCUUCUAACGCUCCGUUUGAGGGUCAGACUGUUGCGCAGAGUGAAUAUAAGCCAUAUCCAGUGCAAGAAAGGCAGGUAAAGGAGGCUGCACAAUAUACCCCAAGCACACAAGCGUUUCAAGCACAAACGACGAGCAAGGACACUUUCACAGGACAGACAGCUGCUAGACAGAAAAGCUUCAAACCAGAAAACGGACCCGUAGCCACAGAUGUUCCAUUUGAAGGCGUGACCACUGCAAGGAGUGAAUAUAAAGAGCAUCCUGUUCAACCCAGAGAGAGGAGGGAACCGGAUCACUAUAAACCCAACACUGCGCCAUUCCAAGGUCACACCACCAGUAAAGAUGCUUUCACGGGACAAAUCGCUCCAAAACAAAAGAGCUUCAAACCUGAAAACAAAACUGUGGCCACUGUCGUCCCAUUUGAGGGUGCCACGACAGCAAGGACUGAGUUUAGGGAACAUCCUAUUCAACCAAGACCACAACCAGAGACUGUGCAGUACACACCAAACCCUGCACCAUUUCAAGGUGAAACUACAAACAAAGGUGCUUUCACCGGACAGGCAGUUUCUAAACCAAAGAGCUUUAAACCAGAAAACAAACCAGUAACUUCUGAUGUCCCAUUUGAGGCUGUUAGUACAACAAAGAGCGAAUUUCAGAAACAUCCGCUUGAAGCAAGAUACAAGAAAGAGGCUGCACAGUACACACCCAAUCCUGAACCAUUCGAAGCACAUACCACAAGCAAGGACACUUUCACAGGACAGACAGCUGCAAGACAGAAAAGCUUCAAACCAGAAAACAAACCAGUAGCUUCUGAUGUUCCAUUUGAGGCUGUUAGUACGGCAAAGAGCGAAUUUCAGGAACAUCCUGUUCAAGCAAGAUACAAAAAAGACGCUGCACAAUACACACCCACUCGCGAACCAUUUGAAGCACAUACCACAAGCAAGGACACUUUUACAGGACAGACAGCUGCUAGACAGAAAAGCUUCAAACCAGAAAACAAGCCAGUAGCUUCUGAUGUUCCAUUUGAGGCUGUUAGUACAUCAAAAAGCCAAUUCCCUGAACAUCCUGUUCAAGAAAGAUACAAAAAAGAGGCUGCACAGUACACACCUAAUCGUGAACCAUUCGAAGCACAUACCACAAGCAAGGACACUUUCACAGGGCAGGCAGCAGCUAGACAAAAGAGCUACAAACCAGAAAACAAUCCAGUAGCUUCUGAUGUCCCAUUUGAAGCUGUUAGUACAGCAAAGAGUGAAUUUCAGGAGCAUCCUGUUCAAGAAAGAUACAAGAAAGAGGCUGCACAGUACACACCCAAUCCUGAACCAUUCGAAGCACAUACCACAAGCAAGGACACGUUUACGGGGCAGGCUGCAGCUAGACAAAAGAGCUGCAAACCAGAAAACAAACCAUUAGCUUCUGAUGUCCCAUUUGAAGCUGUUAGUACAGCAAAGAGUGAAUUCCAAGAGCAUCCUGUUCAAGAAAGAUACAAGAAAGAGGCUGCACAGUAUACACCCAAUCCUGAACCAUUUGAAGCACAUACCACAAGCAAGGACACUUUCACAGGACAUCCAGCUGCAAGACAGAAAAGCUUCAAACUAGAAAACAAACCAGUAGCUUCUGAUGUCCCAUUUCAAGCUGUUAGUACAGCAAAGAGUGAAUUCCAAGAGCAUCCUGUUCAAGAAAGGCAGCAGAAAGACGCUGCGCAAUACACACCAAACCCUGCACCAUUUCAAGGGCAAAGCACCACCAAGGACUCUUUCACAGGACAGCUAGUUGCAAAGCAGAAAAGUUUCAAACCUGAAAAUGUACCGCUUGCCUCCGAUACUCCAUUUGAGAGCAGCACCACUGCUAGGAGUGAAUUCAAGGCGCAUCCAGUUCAAGCAAGAUCGCAGCAAGUGCCUGCCGUGAACACACCUAAUCCAGCACCAUUCCAGGGCCAGUCUACCAGUAAGGAAUCAUUCACUGCGCAGACAGUUCCUAAGCAAAUGGGAUUCAAGCCUGAGAACAAACCAGUAGCUUCAGGUGUUUCCUUCGCAGGCCUCUCUACAACAAAGAGUGAAUAUAAAGAACAUCCUAUUCAACCAAGGAAAAGUAAAGAGAUGCCAGAAUAUAAACUACACCCAGUGCCAUUUCAAAGUGAAACCACAAACAAAGAGACAUUUAAGGAGCACCCUCUCCAAGCAAGGCGUGGAAAAGAGGUGACACUCUAUGAACCAAAUCUGGAACCAUUUGAGGGCAAGACCACGUCACAGGAUUCCUACGCUGGGCACGCAGGACGUAAAGAGAAAAGCUUUAAACCGGAGAACAAAUACACCGCUUCCAGCAUUCCGUUUGAAAGCACCUCGACAACGAUGAGUGAAUAUAGAGGACAUCCAAUUCAAGCAAGGUCGAGACCAGAGGCUGCUAAAUAUGUUCCGACUGCAGAACCAUUUCAAGGGCAAACCACGAAUAAGGAGACAUUUACAGGGCAGGCACUUCCUAAGCAGAAGAGUUUUAAACCGGAGAACAAACCAUUUGCUUCAAAUGCCCCAUUUGAAGGUGAAACUACUGCAGGAAGUGAUUAUAAAGACUAUCACACUCCAAUAAGGCCACAAGGGGGCGCCAUACAUGACACUUCAACCUUGCCACCGUUUCACGAUCAAUCGAAGCCGAAAAGCUUGAGGUCUGUUAAGAGUGAGCUCGUAUCUGUUGCUCCAAUUCAUCUGGCCACUACCAGAGACAACUACAGAGAACAUCCCGUUCAGCAGAGACCAAGACGAGAAUUGGUUGAAUACCAACCGAAUCCUGUUCCCUUCCGAGGUGAGACCACGAGUAAAGAGAGCUUUAGAGGUCAGACUGCUCCCAAACAGAGGAGUCUCAAGCCGAACAGCAAGCCAGCUAGUUCGUAUCCCCCAUUCGAUGCCACCACCGUGUCCAGGUCGGAUUAUCCGGACCCUCAGUUUCUGCCAAGGUAA